AUGGGGGACGCAGCGAUGAACGUCGCAGCGUCCGGUGGCGGCGGUCAGCGUGUCGUUAAAGAAGGCUGGCUGCAAAAACGCGGUGAACAUAUAAAAAACUGGAGGUCAAGGUAUUUUGUUUUAAUGGAUGACGGUACACUGGUUGGCUUUAAAGCUAAACCGGAUCAACAAAUGGCAGCUUCUGCACAGCCUUUAAAUAAUUUCACAGUUCGCGGAUGUCAGAUCAUGUCUGUAAAUAGACCUAAACCUUAUACUUUUGUAAUAAGAGGUUUACAAUGGGCAGCUGUAAUAGAAAGAACCUUUCACGUAGAAACGGAACAAGAGAGAGAAGAUUGGGUUGCAGCUAUUAGGUAUGUAGCUGCUAGACUGGCAAGCGAAAAAGAAACCCAAAUGCAACAUUCGUCUUCAUCGGAAGAUGUUGAUAUGGAGUCUUCAGGAGUCGGUAGGUCAGAUUCUUGCGGAUCUGUUGGUGUAGUGUCUUCAGAUACGGAUGGUGGUAGUAUCGAUGAAUUGUCCGCAAAGUUUAGUGUUCAAGGAACCUCGAAUAGUAAAAGUACAGGGAAGAAGAAAGUAACCCUUGAAAAUUUUGAAUUUUUGAAAGUUUUGGGGAAAGGUACGUUUGGAAAGGUGAUACUUUGCAGAGAAAAAGCAACGGGACACUUAUACGCUAUAAAAAUAUUAAGGAAAGAAGUGAUCAUUCGUAAAGAUGAAGUUGCGCACACGCUUACCGAAAAUAGAGUAUUGCGUACCACUAAUCAUCCGUUCCUAAUUUCUUUAAAGUAUAGUUUUCAAACAGCAGACAGGCUGUGUUUUGUAAUGGAGUACGUAAAUGGCGGGGAGUUAUUCUUUCAUUUAAGACGUUCGCGCGUGUUCGGCGAGGAUCGUACUCGAUUUUAUGGCGCUGAAAUAAUUUCAGCAUUAGGCUACCUUCAUUCGCAGGGUAUAAUUUAUCGUGAUCUCAAACUAGAAAAUCUUCUCUUAGAUAAGGAUGGACAUAUUAAAAUAGCUGACUUUGGAUUGUGUAAAGAAGAUAUAACGUACGGAAGGACGACGAAAACAUUUUGUGGAACUCCCGAAUACCUUGCGCCGGAAGUGCUCGAAGACAAUGACUAUGGAAGAGCAGUAGAUUGGUGGGGUGUUGGUGUUGUUAUGUACGAAAUGAUUUGUGGUCGAUUACCUUUUUAUAAUAAGGAUCACGAGAAGCUUUUCACGCUUAUUGUAAUGGAAGAAGUAAGAUUUCCUAGAACGAUCAGUAAUGAAGCGAAAGAUAUGCUUGGUGGUUUACUUAUAAAAGAUCCAAGUAAAAGAUUAGGUGGCGGACCCAACGAUGCGAAAGAGAUUAUGGAUCACGCAUUCUUUUCGUCGAUCGAUUGGUCCGAUCUUGUACAGAAAAAAAUUCCUCCCCCUUUCAAACCUCAAGUUACUUCUGACACGGAUACCCGAUAUUUUGAUAGCGAAUUUACGGGUGAAAGUGUUGAACUGACGCCGCCUGAUCAGGGCUUCUUAGGGAGUGGAGGUGGUUUAAAUUCGAUAGCUGAAGAACAGGAACAUUUUCCUCAAUUUUCGUAUCAGGAAAAUCACCCAGCAGCAACUUCUCCCAUUGUUUCUAUUAAUCACUGACAGUACCAAGCGUUUCCUUUAUUUGCGUAUUGAAAAGCAUGACUAAAUGCAUGGAAAAGUCAAAGACACUCGAUCGCGAAAAGUGAUUUGUCUAACAGUUUGGAAGAAUCUUUCUUUCUUUUUUUUUUUUUUUUUUUUUUUCCUUAAGCAGAUAAAUCGAAAUAUCAGUUUUCGCUAAUUUACGAUGCUUUUUUGUGCAUCUUCGAAAGAUUUUAACACAUAUCUCCGAUGGCAGAUUCGCUUGUACACGUGGUAUACGUGCGCGUAUACGUGCAUUCGUUAAAAUUGUACAUGGAAAAAUAAUGUACUAUAAGAUUCAACUAUUUAUACCUGCUGAGUAGGUCGCGACGAUAUAAUUUUUGUUUAAGAAAAAGAAAAGUGGAAAAAGCAAAAUAAGAAAAACGGAAAUUAAGUAUAUCCCCUCAAUUAUGUUAUGUUAUACAGAGUGGCACAUUUCUUUUGCGAAAGAACGAUAUUAUCAUAGUUACAGUUCUGUGUUUAACAAAAAAAAAGAAGAAAAAUAUGGUAUUUAAAACUUCCUGGCUUCAUUGUCAACUCUGUUGAUAAUUUAUAUAGAAGGGCAGUUCCUGGUUACUUUUUUUUUUUUUUUUUAAAUUAGUCAACUGUUAUAGCAGAAACCAAAAUAGCAAAUUAUACUUGGCAAGGAGUCAGUCAAUGGGCAAGUGGUUUAUCCAUUUUGAAAGUAGAAGCAUAGAAACAUUAACAGCUUUAAGUGAACUAUUAUGUAAAUUUAAAAUCGAUUUUUAGCAUCGAAAGAAAGCGUUUCUUUGUUAUACUAGCGCUAUUGAAUUAGGAAAUUUUUCUUCUCCCUUAGUGUGGAUCGCGUUAUUCAUCAUGUAUCAUUGACAAAUAAUGAUUUACUGUGAGAAUCAGAUGGAAAUAUGAAAUGCUACCCUAAUAUUAUAUUAUUAAUAUUAUAUGCUACGAUGAUUAUACAUAUAUAUAUUUAUAUUUUAACAAUUAAAGGAUUAUAUUGUA